AUGAAAGAACUAACCCUGACUCCCGACGAUCAGUCUUCGCACAGUCCAAACACAGACUCGCUGUUAAAACCCUCAUUUUUAUCUUUUAAUAUUUUGUUGAUAGUAUUUCUUUUUUUCCCUCUUUUUUUCUCUCUCUCUUUUCUCUCUCUUUUUUUUCUUUCUCUCUCUUUUCACUCUCUCUCUCUCUUUUUCCCCCUCUCUCUUUUUGUCGCAACUGUGGCAAAAUGGGGACUCGUCCUUUUUUACCCCCUCCCCCAUUUCCCUUUCUCCUAUCUUCUGAAUUUUUCACCCAAAUUUUCUUUUCGCUUUUCUUUUGUUUUUUGGGCACAAUUUUCUUUUCGCUUUUCUCGAGCUUAUUUACCGCCCCACCUCAUUUUCCUUUCUCCUAUUUUCUGUUUUUUUUUUUUGUUUUUUUUUCACCCGAUUUCUUUUCCUUUUUUUUUUUUUUUUUGGCUUUUUUCACCCAAUUUUCUUUCUCUUUUCUCUGACUUUUCUCAACGAUUUUCUUUUCACUUUUCUCUAGCUUUUUUCACACAAUUUCCUUUUCGCUUUUAUUCUGCUUUUUGGGUGUUUUUUUUUUUUUUCAUCCGAUUUUCUUUUCGCUUUUCUCUCGCUUUCUUAACCUCUACUUUUCCUCCUUUACACCAUUUCUCCUUCUAUCUCUCUCUCUCUCUCUCUCUCUCUCUCUCUUGA